AUGCAGGAUUGGUCUGGGCGAUCACUCAAAUCCUUGCGCACUUUGCGAUGCACGAGUCGGGGCGAAGGCUAACGUGCUGCGUGAUCGGAUCGGUGUGACUUUUCUGACUUUGGCCGUGGCUGGUGCAAACUUGCACAUCGCUCACACACUCACAACUCAAACUCACAUGUACUGUACACAGUCGAUGCACACGUGUUUGAGCAGCGCAUCGAGGUGUGAGUGGUUUCCCUGCUUGGUCAUGCAGUUCUGAGCGCCAGGGCUGACUCUCCACCUUUAGUCCCGCUACCAUCCCUGUCAACCCUCUACCGAGCACGUACCUACGUUGCCACUUCCCACACCUCACAUCGUUCGACCGCACUCGCACUGCAAAAGUAUCUCUCAAGAUGUCGCCUGUCCCAGUAUCCAUUCCAGACCCGGAAGCACAGGCAGCUGCUGCUCAAACCGCCGCUGCGACCGACGGCAAUGCGGCAGAGGCCAUCGCCGGUCAAGCUGCUGGUGGUGAUCAGACAUCUGCUAACGCUGCUUCUGCUACCGCCGGACUACCAUCUUCCACAUUGGACUUUGCUGCAAAGGUGAGUGGACACAAGCUCCGAUCUGGAUGGUGGGCCCGAGACGAUGGAUCGGCAUGGCGUUUUGCAGGAGUUGAUCUUGCACGACUACGCAAGCCUUCUGCAAAGCAUCCAUCUGCUCCUCCGUCUUUGGGAAAAAGCCAAGGGGCCCAUUACUUCGAUUUCAGCUCUCACACCUUUUUGCCAACCCAACCCCCUUUUUUUGAUCUUUCUCUUCCGCACCGCUUCGUGACCCCAGUCUCGAUUUCAGUCGGACCUUUCGCUGAUCGCCGUACCCCGGGCGACUUUGCCCGCCUCUGCCGUGCUCAGAUGUUCACCCUGGCGCGCGAGGGCAACACGGAUCUCCUGGCCUACAUCGAUGCCGGUCUUCCCAGCAAUCUGACCAACAAUCGAGGGGACACGUUGCUCAUGCUAGCCUCUUAUCAUGGUCAUCCAUCCCUCGUCCAGCAACUUUUGCAAAGGAGCGCGGAUCCUAAUCAGCUCAAUGGAAAGGGCCAGAGCUGCGUAGCGGGUGCCGUCUUUAAAGGUCACGAUCAGGUCAUCAAGAUCCUUGUGCAAGGUGGAGCCGAUCCCCUGGCUGGUGCGCCCACUGCCGACGAUACUGCCAAAAUGUUUCACAAGUGGGACGGCGAAGAGGGAUAUCAAGCGCUGUUCGAGGCAGCUAGCGGUAGGGGCAAGGGCGCGCGGGAGGCAGCGCCCCCGGUCGAGGAUCGUGAAGAGGCUCAAAGGAUACCGGGCAGCGGUAUAGCAGCGUAA